GCGGAAAUCUGGCGUUGAGCAUGCAACAGAAAUCUCGCCAUGAACUCAUGUACCUUACCCCCAGCGAAACGCCUACGAAACCUAUCCCAGGAAGUGGACAUUAUCAUCUGCCUAGCGUUCGCAAUUUAGGUACUUACAUUAUGCUAUGACGGACAGGGAAAUCUGAGAUCUUGCCGUGUUCCGGAUGAGAUGCACUCAACACUGAUCGAGCAAUAUCUUCUGUGUCAGGGAGUUGUGGUACCCUGGACUACGAAGAGGCCACAUAUCACGCAGAAUUCAGGAAAGAUUUUGCCAUUUGCGUCGACUAUCGCUCAAGUCCGGAGUAUGCAGAGCAACGGUGGUGCCGUCUUUGACGCCACCGAUGUUACCAUGUGGCAGUGCGUCAUUACAUACCUGUCAGGUAUCUUAGAGGCUUCAACCACGAUUGACCUAGCUUGACGUCUCGCCUGCACUCUAGCACCUGUACGUCGUUGCAUAGGUCUGGACGCUAUCUCUUGGUGUUCUCGUAUAUCGAGGGUUCAGGAAGCAAUCGGCAAUUGUGAAAGUCGUUCACGCCGCUGUCAAGUCGAAUCGAAGUGAACUAGACCAGGCCGCAAUUGCAGUACGCUGAUAAUGACUUCCAUGAAACACGACUCCUUCUCGUGGUCAGACGCAUGGCCAUGUCCAAAGAACCAUGACUGGUUCUCUUUAUAAGAAGGACCCAUUAAUGAUCCGGCUCUCGAUUCCAGUCACAUCCCGCAUCGACCACAUUCCAACGCAUCCCAAACAUUUGCUGCGGCUUCAUCGGGGUACUUGUGACGCUCCAUCUCCACCGGAUUCAUCGUCCUUCCUCG